AUGAUUCGGAAGAUGGAAGAGAGGAGAAUGUCGUCUUUAGAUCACCAUUGGGCUGUGCCAAAGCAGAAAGGAAGUCAGGACAGCAAGGACGGAGAUGGGGAGGUAGUCACCAAAAAUAAAGAUGAUUCGUGCCAUCUAUCAGCUGCCAUCGCAGAAGGGUUGGAUGAACAGGAGGGGAACGAAAACCUCGUCAAAUCCUCUUGUCAUGAUUCUGGAAUUGAUAUCCGAGAUGCAGAUCAGCCCCCAUUGCCUCCCAUCAUCCCCUGUACUAAAAAGAGAAGGCUGACUAAAAACGCUGACUACGACUUGACAGUGCGGGCAGACGCAGACUACAUGAUUGCGGCGACUGCAAUAGACUGCGACAAGACGGAGCCGCAUGUCACAGUUAUCGCCCGUGACACUGACAUCGUGGCCAUAUUGAUUGCUAAUGCCACAGAUGACACGGGCAUAACUGUGACAAAGCCCGGGACUCAGACCACGGCUGACGAGGUGUUCAACAUUCGUGCCAUCCGUCGACACCUCGCUAGGCAGGGCUUACUGGAGUGUGUGCUGUUCGGCCAUGCCAUGUCAGGGUGUGACACCACCUCUGCCAUCCACAUGAAAGGGAAGUUGACACUCUGGGACACCCUUAAGAAGAGCCAGGCCCUCAGGCGACUGGCAGAGCUGUUCAACGACCUUCAUGUGGACCGAGGAGACAUUGGAGAGGCAGGGGAGAAGAUCAUGAUGUCGCUGUACCCCAGCGAGCGUGUCUCCUCCGGUCAGUGUGUGGUGCACACCAUGGAUGACCUGCGCGAAGUACUGUACCGCGAGCGGACAGAGAAGACAAAGCUGCCGGACUUGUCAACUCUUCCGUCCACGUCCGACGCGGCCGCUCAGCACUGCUACCGAGUGUACCUGCAGGUGCAGCAGUGGUUGGGGAAUGACCUGGACCCGACUGCGUGGGGCUGGAGGGCAGAGAACGGCACACUCACGCCCAUCCCCACCACAAAACCAGCGGUGCCACCCGAGCUACAGAAAAGACUGUCCUGCAAAUGCUCGCCGCUGGGGUGUCGGGUUAGCUGCCCCUGCAGGAAGCGCGGGGACGUCUGUGGCCCCUGGUGUGCAAAGUGCAAGGGUGAGACUUGCACCAACACCAUCGAGGGCCCGGAGGACUGGGGGACGCUCCUAGACUGA